AUUAAAGAUAGAUAUUUUUGCCGUUACCUAACAGGAGCCUUGUGUUGACAUUUCCCUUAUCAUACGACAAUAUUCAAUCAAUUUUGUCGCUUUGACAACAGUAAUGGUGUUCUGGGCCUUAUCAGAAAUCGGAUAAUUUUACUUUAGAGCGGGCUGGAGGUUUUUAGUGAUACAGUUUUUCAUGGUUUUUUUACAGGAGACGGCUAACGAAGACUGUAACAUGGCCUGACCUAACAGGACAGUCGCUGACAACACAUCUACCGGCCACCUGCUAUCAUAGACAGAGGGUUAAAGACACAGCUAGAGCUUCAAACCGGAAGUAAACCCGAGAGGUCGUCAUGGGGAGUAAAGUCAGCUCCAAAAUGGCAGCUCCCGUCGCUCGAGUUGUUCAGGCAAUACGGCCUCAUACUCCCCUGAUCAAAUUCCCCAACAGACAAGGCCUGCCCAGACCUAAUGCCCAGGAGGCAUUGAAAACAUUAGCACUAAACCUUCCUCAACAUAAUGCUCCCACUUCAGCUGCAGCAUCGCCUCAGUUAUCAAGACCGCAUGCACCUUUAACACCAAUCCCAGGCACGCCAGACACACUGGCCUCUAUUCAGCUACUUCCUGCAAGGUACCGCAGGAGACCGUUAACAGCAGAUGAGAUGGAUUACAUCCAGCGCGGUGGACCAGAGUGACAUGAAGUGACGCCAUCACUGCAGCCAAAGUCCUUAUAUGUUGAAGAUCAGUAUGUCUUUAAUCCUGUUCCUCAGCACAAGAGAACCCGAUGCCACAUGUAGAAUAAAAUAUUACAUGGAUCCUGUUAAAAUGUAUAUAUGUUGAUUAUUAGUAGUUUAAGUGUAUAUGAACUCCAUACAAACAGAUGUUCACUGUAAAACACGCUGCAAAGGCACACUA